AUGGUAUUAUCUCAGUUCAAAUUGAAGAGCUUAGACGAGAAAGAAAGGGAGAUUGAAGCAGUUCACAUGAACGGCAUCCCUUAUGCAAGUGCAGUUGGGAGUCUAAUGUACGCCAUGGUAGGAUCAAGGCCAGACAUAGCUCAUGCUGUAGGUUUGGUGAGUUGUUUUAUGAGAAAUCCAGGACGGAUCCAUUGGGAAGCGGUGAAGUGGAUUCUACGGUAUAUCAAGGGAACCUAUAACUACAGUUUGACUUUCGCUAAGGGUUCAAGUUUUAGAGUGGAAGGGUUCUGCGAUGCUGACUACGCAACUGAUCUGGACAGAAGCAGAUCAGUCACUGGAUAUAUCUAUCAAGUGGGAGGCAACAUUGUUAGUUGGAGAUCUGGGCUCCAACCAGUAGUGGCUCUAUCGACCACGGAGUCAGAGUAUAUGGCUCUAACAGAAUCAUCUAAAGAGGCUUUAUGGCUUAAGUGGUUUUGCGAAGAGUUAGGCUACGAACAACAAGCAGUCAAGAUAAAUUGCGAUUCACAGUCUGCAAUAUUCUUAGCUAAAAAUGGAGGCUAUCACGAGAGAACUAAACACAUCCGUACUAAGUUCAACUUUAUCAGAGAAGUGAUAGCAACAGGAGAGGUUACAGUUGUCAAGGUUCAUACUAACCUAAAUCUAGCCGAUAUCCUAAAGAAGUGCGUACCUGGAAAGACUCUGGAGAAGAGUCUUGUAAGCAUCAAUGUUCUGGAGUAG